UUUCGAUUAAGAUUAAGACAAACAGUGUCUACAAAUAAGAACAAAGACACAGUCAUGGCCGAUUACCUUAGGACAAUACUAUUAUUUGCCUUAGUGAUCUAUGCGGACUGCUGCUUCAUCAUGAUGCGUGGGGCAGAAACUAUCGAAUGCCAAUCCUCACAAGAACUUACGUUCCAGGUUACUAGAGACAUCGACAACGAGACAUGGAUCAUUGCCGAAUGCCACCCAAAAGAGAAAUCGUGCUUUUUGCGAAAUCAGUCAAAUGAAUCGAAUUACAUUAUCGCUAACACAAGUACAGGAGGAUUGCUUGUAGUUAGAAAAUUUACAAGAGAAACAUUCGGUGUUUACAAAUGUUUUGAAACAUACAACCCCAAAAAGUUCAAAACAAUCGACAUUAGCAGUAGCACUGUACCACCAGAAUUCUUUCAACUGGAAACACAAGAUCAAUCAAAUUCGAAACAGAUCGUUUUCAAUAGGCUAAAAGCUAUGACAAAUAGGGGGUUUUGCGCUACUUGAAUGCUUCUCAAGCACAAUCACAACAUUCCAAUUCAUGGCAUCUGGAACACAUGAUUUAAUCAGUAUUU